AUGCCAGCGGUACGUGAAAUUGUGAUGAAGCUAGCGAGUGUUUCGGUUGCGCAAGUUUUUAUUGAUAUUAUUCCAGGAUAUGCAAUAAGAGCACGUUCCGAAGAAGAGCUGUCGCAGAAACUCAAAAAAGAAACGAAGAAACUGUUUGAUUACGAGCAAGCACUUCUACGCUAUUAUCUAAAAUAUCUGAAACACCUGGAAAAAUAUGCCGGAAAGCUUCUUCUGAAGACAUCCAGAGAAUGGGGAGAUAAGGAAAUGCCGUUUGUUUGCCUGAAGUGCCUUGGGAAACUUCUUGUCUCCGUUCCUCAUUUCAACUAUAUCUCAGAAAUAAUCCGUCUUGUUGUUCGAAUUGCCACAUCCGGUUAUAAACAAGCAACGGACAUCUGCUGCGAUUCACUGAACGAAUUGUUUCGUAACGAUCUCAGUUUUCAAGUUUCGUCAAUAGCCGUGAAAUGUAUUGCAACUAUUGUCAAUCAGAAGAAGGGCAAUGUUCCACCCGCGCUGAUCGCCACGUUCCUGAAGUUGAACAUCAGGUCUGAGAAUAAAAAUGAGCAAAAGGAGAAGCUGAUGAGUCGAAAAAGGAAACUGAACAAGGAGAAGAAAAUGAAGAGCAAACAAAAGUUUGCCAAACAGAUGAAGAAACUGGAAAGCGAUUUAAAAGAAGCUGAGGCGGCCGAAUCGUUAUCCUCCAAGCUAUCAUUCGCAACAGAAACAAUGAAUCACGUUUUUGCCACAUAUUUCCGCGUAAUUAAACGACUUUCAACAAGCAGCUUAUUGGAGCCAGUGCUGGAAGGCCUGGCAAAAUUCGCCCAUUUGAUCAGUAUUGAAUUCUUUGACGAUAUGGUUUCUGCACUGGCAGCUCUCCAUUUGCAAUUAAUCGACUCGCUGCGAUGCAUUUUUACGGUAUUUGUGAUACUUUCCGGAGAGGGUGUUGCGCUGAACAUCGAUCCAUUUCGAUUCUACUGGUCAAUGUAUCGUUUGCUUCCGGCUAUAGUAUUUGAAAAACUACCAGAUAAACGUGCAAGGAGUUUAUCACUGGCACUGCAUACGUUGGAUUUGAUGAUUAAUUCUCGUCGCAAGCAAGUUCCGGUAGCUCGGGUAGCAGCAUUUGUCAAGCGGCUUUUGGCUCUAGCAUUUUUCUUUCCAACUGUUGAAACAUUGGCUGUACUGCUGUGUGUACGAUCCUUUUUCAUUGCUUAUCCAAAGUUGCAUUGUAUGGUUGAAGACACGGAUGGCACUUCGUUUUCGGGAUCAUUUAAUUCCACUACCGAUGAUCCGGAUUGUUGUGGCGCUCUUUCUUCAUCGGUCAUCGUCGAAACUGAUAUGCUUUCAAAGGUUAUCCUCACUUUCUGGAUUCUCUAUUAUUUUUUAUCAAUUUUAUAA